GUUAUUUCUAUUAUGAGAUCGUCAGUGCAAGAUGAGCGGCAACCUGGCAGAUGGGACGAAGUCCGGAGAUAAGAUUGAAUCCCCAUUAAUCCCGAUCCAAGAUACCCCACAGCCGAAGUCGAACGUUUCCGAGUCAACCUCAACAAUCCAAGAAAAGCCACAUACAUCCACGAUAUCGGGCGUGGAUUUGGAACCCUCAAACCGGGACCAGCCAUGGACUGGCCAAUUGAAGAAAGCAUGGAGCAGUGUCGUAUGGUUCGUGACCUGGACGCCUCCAAGAUGUCGCUGGGAUCCGGAGAAGCCACCCACCUUCUCGAUUGGCCUAAACGUACUGUUCGCGUUCGCGGCGGCCUUUUCCGUGGCGAAUCUCUAUUACACGCACCCGAUUCUAAAUGUCCUCGCUGCAGAUUUUGGGGUUCCGUAUGAGAAAGUCUCGCAGAUCCCUACCGUGAUGCAGGCUGGGUAUGCGGCGGGCCUCCUCUUUCUGUGUCCUUUGGGAGACUUGCUCAGGAGAAGACAUUUCGUGCUGGGUUUGGUGUUUCUCACUGCGACGCUAUGGAUAGUGUUGUGCGUCACCAAGUCGCUAACGCUUUUCACGGCCAUUUCGUUCAUCACCUCGGUGACGACGGUCACUCCGCAACUUGCUCUACCACUGGUCGGCGACCUUGCUCCUCCAGAGCGUAGAGCGGCCGCGCUGUCAAUCGUAGUUUCAGGACUUAUGUUGGGGAUCUUGAUCGCCAGAGUGGUCUCGGGGACAAUGACCAACUUCACCUCCUGGCGUAACGUGUACUGGAUGGCGCUCGGUCUGCAAUAUUCGAUCCUCGUUUUACUCUGGCUCUUCAUGCCGGACUAUCCGUCGACCAACCCCGAUGGACUCAACUACUUCUACAUGCUGUGGUCAAUCGUGCAGAUGGUAUGCCAGCACCCCGUCCUCGUCCAGGCCUGCUUGAUCGGCUUUUUCUCCUCCGCGACCUUCACGAACUUCUGGACCGUCGUCACUUUCUUGCUCUCGGGAUCGCCAUAUUUUUAUUCCCCGCUAGUUAUUGGCCUAUUCGGCCUCAUCGGCGUCGCGGUAAUGAUCCUCGGGCCGCUCUACGCCCGUCUCGUCACGGAUCGCUUCGUCCCAUUAUUCAGCGUCCUAGUCGGAAUAAGUUUGGCGCUUGUCGGCAUCAUCAUCGGGACGUAUACGGGGACAAUUACGGUGGCUGGACCGAUUAUCCACGCCAUCCUCAAUGACUUUGGGAUGCAGACCACGCAGAUCGCGAACCGUAGCGCUAUCUAUUCGAUUGAACCCAAGGCACGCAAUCGACUAAACACGGCGUUCAUGGUGUCGGUGUUCUGCGGCCAACUGACUGGCACUUCGGCUGGUAGUCAUCUUUACGCUGCUGGCGGAUGGAUUCGCAGCGGCAGUGCCAGCGUGGGCUUUGUUUGCGCUGCGCUUUUAAUCGCCCUUGUCAGGGGGCCGCAUGAGAAGGGUUGGAUCGGAUGGGGUGGUGGAUUCGGACUCAGAAAUAAAAAGGAACCUAUCACCGAUAUAUCGCUGCGCAAUGAUAGUUCAGAGGGGGAGAGUCUCCCUGUUGAAGUGGAAGUCUGUGAAGACAUGGAAAAAGGCGCCGUCGGGAAGAAAGAAUAGAUCAUGUAGAUAUCAGCUCGGCGACUUUAAUAGAUUGUAUAUAACUCUAGAACCAGUGGGAAAGGGCAUGAUACGUCAAAUGCAAACUUGAAUUCAAUAAAAC